AUGUCGAACAUAUAUCUUAAUACCGAGAUGCUGAAACAAUUAAACUCAUCUGUUCAUGAUCAUAUAGCUGAAUGGAUUAAAAAUAAUCAGGAGAAUUUCGCUAUCUUCAGAAACCAAGAACAUCUGAUUAGGAACACUCAUCCUCAAGUAUUAGCUAUUUUCACUACGAUUGCUACAUGUUUUAUACUUUAUAUCAUUUAUAAAGUUGUAUUUACUCUGAAUUAUAAAGAUCCAACAGAUAUUCCAGUGAAGUUUAAUCUUCCUAUACCUGAGGCUGCUCAUCAAAAUUGGAAAUCAAAGACCCGUCUAUCUCCACCUUCUAUCAUUGAUCCUAAUGACCCAACUAUUAUUCAGACAUAUUGUCCAGCUACUGGUCAAUUACUAGGUAAAUUCAAAUCAAAAACAGAAUCAGAUAUCGAUGAAAUGAUUGAAAAAGCAAAUCAAGCUCAAUUGCAAUUCAAUGACUCUUCUAUACAAAGAAGAAUUAGAAUUUUAAAAUCUUUGCGUGGUUAUAUAUUGGAAAACCAGGAAUCUAUUGCAAGGGUUGCUUGUAGAGAUUCUGGUAAAACAAUGCUAGAUGCAUCAAUGGGUGAAAUUUUAGUGACUCUUGAAAAAUUAGCUUGGGUUAUUGAACAUGGUCCUUCUAUUUUACAACCUUCAACCCGCCCUGGUCCAACUAAUUUUUUCAUGAAAUGGUAUAAAGGUGCAGAAGUUAGAUAUGAACCACUAGGGGUUGUCUCUGCAAUUGUUUCAUGGAAUUAUCCAUUUCAUAAUCUAAUGGGUCCUAUUAUUGCUGCCUUAUUUACUGGUAAUUCAAUUGUUUUGAAAUGUUCUGAACAAGUUGUUUGGUCAUCAGAUUUUUUUGUUCGUUUGGUUAGAGAGUGUCUGAAAGAAUGUGGUGAAGAUGAAGAUUUAAUUCAAUUAUGUUAUUGUUUACCUCCAAGGGAUUAUGUUGAUAACGCAGCCAAUUACUUUACUUCUCAUCCUGGUUUAAAGCAUAUUACAUUUAUUGGUAGUCAAUCUAUCGCACAUCAUAUAUUGAAAUGUGCAGCGGAAUCUUUAACACCUGUUGUUGUAGAACUUGGUGGAAAAGAUGCUUUCAUUGUAUUAGAUUCUGUAAAAAAGUUAGAAAGUUUGUCAUCUAUUAUCCUAAGAGGUACGUUUCAGUCCGCUGGUCAAAAUUGUAUCGGUAUUGAAAGAGUUAUUGUCUCAGCAAAGAAUUAUGAUAAAUUAGUAGAAAUUCUAGAAAGAAGACUAACUACUUCUCCAUUGAGAUUAGGUUCAGAUAUUGAUCAAUUAGAGGGUGUCGACAUGGGUGCAAUGGUUUCAGAUAAUAGAUUUGAACAAUUAGAAGAACUUGUUAAGGAUGCUGUCUCUAAAGGUGCAAGACUAUUGGCUGGUGGCUCUCGUUACUCUCAUCAUACUUAUCCUGAAGGUCAUUACUUUCAACCUACAUUACUUGUCGAUGUCACUUCAGAGAUGAAAAUCGCUAAUAAUGAAGUUUUUGGCCCAAUCUUAGUAAUGAUGAAGGCUAAUGACACUGAUCAUUGUAUUGAAUUAGCUAACUCCGCAAACUUUGGUCUUGGUGGUUCAGUCUUUGGGAACAAUUUUGAAGAAUGCAAUUAUGUCGCAAAUAAUUUGAAGACAGGUAAUGUUGCGAUAAAUGAUUUUGCGACUUUUUACGUUUGUCAAUUACCAUUUGGUGGUAUUCAUGGUUCAGGUUAUGGUAAAUUUGGUGGUGAAGAAGGUCUAUUAGGUUUAUGUAAUGCAAAGAGUGUGUGUUAUGAUACUUUACCAUUUGUUUCAACUCAAAUUCCUCCUGCAUUAGACUAUCCAAUUAAUAACACUAAUCAAAAAGCUUGGAAUUUCGUUAAAGCAUUUAUUACUGGUGCUUAUACACCUUCUAUUUGGCAAAGAGUGAAAUCAAUAUUUUCACUGGCUAAAGCAUGA